CAACCUACCGGUGACAGGCUCGGUGCUGUAGGGUUAGGUUGACCCAUCGUCAGGAGAGGAGACCAAAAGAAAGGUCAGUAUUGCUCUGAUCAAGGCGACGCGAACGUUUUCCCUGUUUUGCAGCAGGGUCUUAACUCGUCCCGUUCACUUCAACUCCAGUGCUAAAGCAUUGCUGAAGAUGCCCCAGACAAACAAGUUUAAGUGUGCCGCCGCCAGCUGCUCUAUGCAGUCUGCUGCUCCAGACCGAGGGGAACCACCGCAAGCGGUCAGAGACCCCAAUGAACCUCCUGGAGACAGUGGUGGGGAUGACAACCCAGGAGACCCUCAAAUGAUCAAAUCCCCAAGUGAUCCCAAGCAGUACCGAUACAUUGAGCUGAGUAACGGGUUGAGGGCUCUCCUGAUCUCGGAUCUAAGUGGGUUAGAUGGGAAAGCUGAAGAUGAGGAGGAGGAGGAUUCGGAGGAGGAAGAGGGGGAUGAUGGAGAGGAGGAGGAGGAGGAGGAGGGAGACUCUGGGGAGGGAACUGACGAAGAGUCUGAGGAGGGGGGAGACAGUCAGGACAGUGACUUUGAGGAGUUGGAUGAGGAAAAUGACAGGAAGAAGAAACGGGGAUCGGAAAAGCAGUCUGCAGCGGCCCUUUGUAUUGGCGUAGGGAGUUUCAGUGACCCGGAUGACCUUCCCGGCCUUGCGCACUUUUUGGAGCACAUGGUGUUCAUGGGCAGUGAAAAGUACCCGUCUGAGAACGGCUUUGAUGCCUUCCUGAAAAAGCACGGCGGCAGCGAUAACGCUUCCACGGAUUGUGAGAGGACCAUUUUCCAAUUUGAUGUGCAGAAUAAGCGCUUCAAAGAGGCUCUUGACAGGUGGGCUCAGUUUUUCAUCUGUCCUCUCAUGAUUGAAGACGCUGUCGACCGAGAGGUUGAAGCUGUGGACAGUGAAUAUCAGCUAGCUAAGCCUUCAGACUCUCAUCGUAAGGAAAUGCUCUUUGGCAGCCUAGCGAAGCCCGGCCAUCCCAUGAGCAAGUUCUGCUGGGGAAAUGCACAGACGCUGAAGAGCGAGCCUAAGGAAAAGAACAUCAACGUGUACAAGCGGCUCCGUGAGUUUUGGAAGAGGUACUACUCUGCCCACUAUAUGACCUUAGCUGUGCAGUCUAAAGAAAAACUUGACACUCUUGAGGAAUGGGUUCGGGAAAUCUUCAGCCAGAUACCCAACAAUGGCCAGCCGAAGCCGGAUUUUUCAGAUCGGCCGGAUCCUUUUGACACACCUGCCUUUAACAAACUUUACAGAGUGGUGCCUGUCAGGAAAGUUCAUGCCCUCACCAUCACCUGGGCUCUCCCCCCUCAAGAGAAGCUCUACAGGGUAAAACCUCUUCAUUACAUCGCCUGGCUGAUCGGUCACGAGGGAGCCGGUAGCAUCUUGUCAGUUCUCAGAAGGAAGUGCUGGGCUUUGGCGUUGUUCGGUGGAAACAGUGAAACUGGCUUUGAUCAGAACACCACCUACUCCAUUUUCAGCAUCUCCAUCACUCUGACCGAUGAAGGCUAUCAGAACUUCUGCGAGGUUGCUCAUCUGGUCUUCCAGUACUUAAAGAUGCUUCAGACCCUCGGGCCACAACAAAGAAUAUACGAGGAAAUUCAGAAGAUAGAGGCCAAUGAGUUUCAUUAUCAGGAACAGACUGAUCCCAUUGAAUAUGUGGAGAACGUUUGUGAAAACAUGCAGCUGUUCCCGAAAGAGGACUUCUUAACGGGAGACCAGCUUAUGUUUGAGUACAAACCAGAGGUGAUCUCUGCUGCAUUGAACCUCCUCACACCAGAGAAGGCCAACUUGCUCCUUUUGUCCCCCGAGCAUGAAGGUCUGUGCCCGCUCCGGGAAAAAUGGUUCGGGACUCAAUACAUGGUUGAAGACAUCCAGCAGCCCUGGAAAGAGCUCUGGGCUGGAGAUUUCGAUUUAAACCCAAGCCUUCACCUACCUGCUGAGAACAAAUUCAUCGCUACCGAUUUCGCCCUCAAAAUAUCGGACUGUCCAGACACCGAGUACCCCGUCAAGAUAAUGAACAAUGACCGGGGCUGUCUGUGGUACAAGAGAGACAACAAGUUCAAGAUCCCCAAAGCGUAUGUGCGGUUCCACCUCAUAUCACCCGUGGUUCAGAAGUCUCCUAAAAACCUGGUGCUUUUUGACAUCUUUGCCAAUAUCCUGGUCCACAACCUGGCAGAACCGGCUUACGAGGCCGACGUGGCUCAGCUGGAAUAUAAACUGGUGGCCGGAGAGCACGGCCUGGUCAUCAAGGUCAAGGGCUUUAACCACAAACUCCCUUUGCUGUUCAACCUGAUCGUGGAUUAUCUCGCCGAUUUCUCCGCCGCCUCGGACGUGUUCAGCAUGUUUGCAGAGCAGCUGAAGAAAACCUAUUUUAAUAUCCUGAUUAAGCCCGAGAAACUCGGAAAGGACGUGAGGCUGUUGAUUCUGGAGCACUCGCGCUGGUCGACCAUUCAGAAGUAUCAGGCUGUGGUUGAUGGUCUCGCGGUAGAAGAGCUCAUGGAGUUCGUGAGCAGCUUUAAGUCGGAGCUGUAUGCUGAAGGUCUGGUGCAGGGAAACUUCACUAAAGUCGCAUCUAUGGAGUUUUUGCGCUACGUCACCGACAAAUUGCAGUUCAAGAAGUUGUCAGUAGAGGUCCCUGUGCUCUUCAGAGUGGUUGAGCUCCCUCAGAAACAUCAUCUCUGCAAAGUCAAGUCUCUCAACAAGGGAGAUGCUAACUCGGAGGUCACCGUGUAUUACCAGUCCGGGCCCAAGAACUUGCGUGAGCACACACUGAUGGAGCUGCUGGUGAUGCACAUGGAGGAACCGUGCUUCGACUUCCUCCGAACCAAAGAGACGCUCGGAUAUCACGUCUACCCCACCUGCAGAAACACGUCUGGCGUCCUUGGGUUCUCGGUCACGGUGGAGACUCAGGCCACCAAGUUCAACACUGAGCUGGUGGAGACGAAGAUCGAGGAGUUCCUGGUAAGCUUCGGAGAGAAGAUGAACGACUUGAGCGACGAGGCUUUUAAGACCCAGGUGACCGCGCUUGUCAAGCUGAAGAGUUGUGAAGACACUCAUCUCGGCGAGGAGGUGGACCGGAACUGGACAGAGGUGGUCACGCAGCAAUACGUCUUCGACAGACUCAGCCGAGAGAUCGAUGCACUGAAGCUCAUGACCAAAGCUGAACUUGUUAACUGGUUUAUGGAACACGGAGGUGAAGGAAGCAGGAAGCUCAGCGUGCAUGUGGUUGGUUACGGGCUCGAGGAAAAUGACCCUUCGACUGAGGAACAGCCGUGUGCUGAAGGAGAGGACGAGGAGAGCAGCAAGAUGUCGCUGUACGGCGAGGUGUCCAAACUCAACUUCCUCCCGGCUUCUUCUCUGCUGGCCUCAGCCACAACCAUCACAGACAUCCGGGUCUUCACUUCCACUCUCAACCUCUUCCCUUACCAUAAGAUUCUUAAAUAAACGCCCAUCGUGGACUCGCUCUGCCUGUAGGCCGCCCUCCUCCAUCUUUCUCCAUCUCCUGUUUCUCAGUCGCAUUUCAGCAAAGAUGAGUGGGAGGGGCAUGUCCCGAUGCUCUUAAUGAGCGUUUCUAUCCUGAGCCUGCUGUUGGAUGAUGAUGGUGUGAAUGUUGCGCGUGUGUGCGAGUUUCUUUCUGCGGGCACGGAUGGGGCACAGAUCACGUCAUAUCCCUGCCUGCCCGUAGCGGACCUUUAGAACAGAAACAUGAAUCGUGUGUAUUUUAUCAAUAGGACUUACGUUGGUACUAAUAAAUUAAUAAAUUCAUAAUGUUAUGGCAGUGUGCUAAAAUGUGCGACCGUGUUUGAAUGAGAUGCAGUGAGAGAGACUAUUGGACUGCUUUUUCUUGUGGUCAGCUGAUGUCUGAUGACGAGGAAUCUGAUGGUGGCAUUAGAGUCGAGUACGCAUGAGGAAAUACUGUAACGCUGCGUCUCUUUCUGCUUCAUUCUGCAUUUCGCACAAACUCAACCUGAGAGAUGCCUAAUAUCACUGCUUGAUUUGAGAGUGUGCAAAUAUAUAUUUAUUAAAAGCACUG